GACAGUUGCCAAUUUAUUAUUGUGAUUGGAAAUUUACUAUAUAAGAAUAAGUUUUCCAUGAACGUCUCGAAUAAACUAAAAUGCUACAUAGAUUUUCUCAUUGCUUUUAAAGUUGAACGUACUGCAGCUGUAAAAGUUUACGAUAGAAACUAAAAUAUUUACAAACCAUGGAAUAGAAGAAAGUACCUAUUCAAUUUUAUUUUUUUUUUGGACUGCAAUGAACGAUUCAAGGAUUGGUUUUUUCAUAAAUAUCUCGGGUUGUUAUUUAGGUUCCAGUUUUCAGGAAGAAACCUGGGAAAAAGAUGUCGUAGGUCAAACAGUAUUGCUAGAUUUUCUGGACAACAUCAACAUAAAUAUAAUUUAUUCUCUUAUUGAAGAAAAAGAUCUUUCCAAGAAGUUGAAGUUUUGUAUAGAAAUACCAAGAAAGGAAGUGAAAAAGUUCGUCACUUUUACAAAGUUGCUUCCUUCAACUAUAACUGCUGAAAAUGUGACAGAUUUGGUGCAAGUAACUUCUGUAACAGGAUCGCCAACUUUGGCAUUGUAUAACACCUUAAGUAAUGUAUUUUUUCCAAUACUUGAAGAAGAUGACACUGGCCUUUUAAAGAAGCAAAUUCUGACUUUGCAAGCAGAUCUCCGUUCAGUAUUAUCAUCGGAAGUAAACAGUUCGGACUUUUUGAAUAAAACGGACGAAAAUUCACUUCUAGUUGUGCGUUCGUUGGAUCAUGAGGUGGAAUUUUGGAAUAACGCCCUCCGGUUUUCCAAAGGUGGAAUCAACAAGAGCACCAGCGCUGCUUUCAAGGAUAUUUUAGAGCCUUUUUCGAAAGAUUUCAGACUUAUAGAAACUUUUGCACCCAAAGAAGUUGAAGACGUAUUAGAAUUAGGUCACAAUGUUUUGGAUGACCUUUGGCGUCAUAAGCCUCCGUACCAUAAGGACAGGAUGAAGAACCUCAUGGACAUUGUAGGUAACGGCAUUUACGCAUAUUCCGUGAAGAAGCUGAAAACCACAGACGUACUAACUGAAGAAUACGCCACCGUAUCUGAUCUCUUGUCUCAGCAUAUCUCCCUUGGAGACAAAUGGCUCUCAUCUUGUUCCCAUCUCACUCGUAUCUUCUGGUCUAACUAUGCCGAUCAUCUUUGGGAGGAACCGCCUUACGAAGUUGUAGAUCUCAAAAACUUCGUGCAGAGGCUAAAAGAGAUACUGAGCAUACGGACCAUUCACAAGCAGCUGUUCAGGCUGUUGACGACACAGGAGCAACAGAAUAUAGACGCCGAAACUAUUUUUUCUCCGUUUAAAGAUUUGAAUCUUUAUUCUUGUGGGCCCCAAACUGAGCUGGAAUGGAUUAAAUCUAAGAAGGAGUUCGAGCAGUUGCUGCAGCCGGCUGAAGAACGAGUUGGUUAUAAAUUGAAGAAGCAGUUGUCCAGCAUUGAUGCCAACACCAGACAGCUUCUGUACGAGUUCAGCAGAUACUCCGAGCUCAUAAGCAGACCUCUCCUGAAGCAGACCCUCCUAGCAGAACGUCAGUACCUUCUAACGGCCUUGCAAGACUACGUGAGGCAGCUCCAGACCCAAACUUCGGCAGAUCUCAACUACCUGAGUCACUUGGAGACUCCGAUGAUCGUCAAAGAGCUCAUGAUGACCAGGCAGCUGGAAUCUAGAGCCAAGGAGGUGCAAACCACCUCGGCUCUCCUCUUAGACGACCUGCAGGACUACGAGAACCUCAACCUGACGGUGGUGGAGCUGCUGAAGGAACUGAAGAAGCAGCACUCGGAACUUUUCGAUUCCUGGACCAGCGAGAUCACCAGGAGGAUAAACGACAACACGUUGAGUUUGAGGGAGUCUGAUCCGGUCAUCCAGUUCUCGAAGGAUAAGUUGAUGAAGGUGAAUUACUCGCCUAGGUUGGUACUUCUGAUCAACGAGGUCAGGCAGCUGAAGGCUCUGGGCUACAACGUACCAGGUAACAUCUGCGAUACUGCGGACCACGCUAAGAAGUUUAUGCAUUUUGCAAAAGUGCUAGAACAGAUAGCAACAUUCCACAACACGAUAGGAGAUAGGAUGAUAGCUUCUCAGAGGCCGAUGAUGCUGAAAGGAGCCAUGGAUCUUUGGAAAUUGGUCGAAGAACAAGAGGUGGUAUCUUGGGGCGAAACCAGGUCUAUAGAGAACUACGUGGAAACGCUGAAGAAAGUUGUCGAGGAUUUGUCCUUGCAAAAUAACCUACUCACUUCCUAUCACUACCAGAUUAUGGAAAAGAUUAACCAGCUGAUCGAGGUAGAUCUGAUCACGAAAUACAGCAAGUGGAAGGACACAGUGAAAGAGGUGAAAAAGAUCAUCCUACAAGUGGAGGAAAAGGGUUUCCAAAACAUGCACACCUGGAUCGACGACAUUUCCAAACAACUGGCCAAGAUCCUGGAGAAGCAGUACAUCCUCAGUCUGGACAAACUGCAUCUCUACCUCCCUGAAAUCCAUGCCGAUUUGGUAUAUAGGAACUCCAAGCUGCAGUUCUCGCCAGAAGAAGACGAGCUGAAGAACAAGUACCAACAGCAGAUGCAGAGGUUUCUGGACAUACCUAAAGGGUUCUACGCCAUCUUCGAGUUCGGGACGAACGUAUUUCACGAGAUUGUGGAAAAAAAUAAGAAUCACCUGGAUAAAACCACCUACCACACGGCAGAACUCUUCAACCAGCUCCAAGAGGUCAUCAAGUACUGGCAGAGCUGGCUCCAAAUCGGAGACUUGGACGUGUCCAAGCUGACCAUGUGGCAACACUGGGACCUCCACUUCAAGCUGUCAAAAACCUUUGGGCAGGAGAUCGCCAAGUUACCCAGUACUGAAGAGAAGGUGGGAUGUUUCGUCAUAGGCCUAUCAAGGUUGCGUUCCGACCUGGAAUCUCACAAUAGGAGCUACUGGGAUCAGCUAGCCUCAUCCCUGAAGAAUUCGGUAGCUCAGGACGUGGUGGUGCUGCAGAAUUUCAUCGAUCCAGCUACCGCGACCUUGACAAAGCAGUCGGUGACCUUGGAGGAGAUUGCGGAGUCUGGGGCCAUGCAUUUGCAAGUUUUGAAGCAAGUGCCUGAGAUGGACAAGACGUAUACAGAGAUGAUCAUGAAAUCUCAAGUUUUGUCUAGCUGGACCAGAGAGCAGGUGGAUUCUGUGAACAGACUGAAAGGAGCAUGGGAACGUCUUCAGAGCUUACUGGAGAAUCAUCAGCAUAUAGUAGCCAAACAAAUGGAAACCAUAAAGACAACACUCCAUAUAGAAAGCGAAAACAUGGAUAAAGAGAUGGAACGUUUUGCUGCAAAAUGGGAGCAGUCUAAACCCAAAGUACUAAGUGGCGAGAUAGCAGAAAAAGGAACCGAAGAUUUGUACAAGCAACUCCAGAACAUGAAAGAGAAAAAAACCCAAUGGGAAGACAUCGUCCAGUCGAAAAAUAAACUGAUCACCGAAUACGAAAAAUAUAGCCUAACACCCAAAGAAUUCCCAAUGGCAAACGAGAUUGAAGAGGACAUAAAAAAAGUUUUCGAGACCUGGAAGCUCUUCGAAGAGUUUUACCAAGGUCUCUCAAGUUUCUACCAAGAAGAAUGGAUAGUCUUCCGCAGGAAGAUGUACAGGUUCGAGGAAUUCCUGCAGGAAUGGCAGAGUAGAUUGUCCGGUUCUGAGCAGGACGACAUUGUGGUGAAGAUCAUAAGGGAAUGCGUGAAAUUUGGGGAGACCUACCCUGUCUUGAAAUACGUUAGGGGUGAUGAUUUUACCGAGAAACAUUGGAUGGACGUGUUCAAUAUUUUGGGGAUGACACCGAAAUCUGUUGAGGAGUUGACACUCAAAGAUUUCUUGGAUGUUUCUGAUGGUAUAAGGGAAAAAAGUACAGAACUGCAGGUUGUCUCAAAGAAGGCUGCCAGCGAAAUAGUUGUUAGACAAGCCCUAGCAGAGUUGGAUUCUUGGGAAGUUCAAGCCAAAUUUGUUUUGGUUCAACAACAGGAUUCCCUUGGCAAGAGUAUAACCGUAAUAAAAGACUUCAAAGAUUUAUUGAACAAGAUUGGCGAUCAUCAGAGUCUACUGCAAUCUGUCAAAAAUUCUGCAGAUUAUGACAGUUUUUCAGAAAGAGCGGCCAUAUGGGAAACAAAAUUGGUCGAUUUGGACUUUUAUCUUACUUCUCUUGUGCAUAUUCAAAGAAAGUGGUUAUAUUUGGAGCCAAUAUUCGGUAGCGGCACAUUAGAUUCGGAAAAAUCUAGGUUCGAGAAGGCAAACAAAGACAUCCGGUAUCUAUACAGCUACAUCGGGAAAGAUCCAAGAGUUUCUUCGCUGUUCAGAUUCCCAAAUCUGCGAUCUCUCUUGGAAAACUUAAGAGAUCAAUUCUCGAGAUGUCAGCAGAGUCUGGAUCAAUUUUUGGCGGAAAAAAGGAACAAGUUCUCCAGGUUUUACUUCCUUGGAGACGACGAUCUCUUGGAAGUAGUGGGACAAUCCUCCAAGGAGCAGAUCAUACAGACCCAUCUCAAGAAAAUUUUCUCCGGGAUCAACAGCAUCAGAUUGAACGAAAACGGCGACGCUAUAGUCGCCAUGUGUUCUUUGGAGGGGGAGGUGGUGAACCUAACCAACAGCGUUAACGUCACCAAACCGGUGGAGGAGUGGCUGAACGAGCUGGUGCGAGAGAUGAAUGUCACCAUCAAAAAUCUGCUGGUGCAGUGUCUGGAAGACGGGCAGGCUUUGGAUCCCUCCAAGUACCCUUCACAAGUGUUGUGUCUGGCCAAUAGUAUCAAUUUCUCGCUGCAGUGCGAACAGGCCAUAGCUAGUAUGACACUGCCCCCUCUUCUGGCCAAAUAUAAGACAAAACUGAACCAAUACAACUCAAUGGCUCUAGACUUCGAUAAAGAUGGUGAAAAGGCUGACAAAGAAUCUCACGUGCUAGAGCUCAAACUUAAGGCUCUAAUCCUGGACACCAUUCACCAAAUCUCUAUCUUAGAAGAGCUCUUGGAUGCUAACUUAACAAGAGUCACCGAAUGGUCUUGGCAGAAACAGCUGAGAUUUUACUCCAAUUCUCUUGGAGAGGUUACAGUUAAAAUGGCAAACGCGAGGAUGGAGUACGCCUAUGAAUAUUUGGGCAACGCUGCUCAACUUGUCAGAACACCUUUGACGGAACAAUGUUUCAUUACCUUAACCCAAGGUAUGCAUCUGGGCAUGGGUGGAAACCCUUACGGACCUGCCGGUACGGGAAAAACUGAGUCUGUGAAAGCCUUAGGAGCGCUCUUGGGCAGACAAGUGCUGGUGUUCAACUGUGACGAGGGUAUCGAUGCCACCUCCAUGGCUAGGAUCCUUUCGGGCUUGGUGAGGUGCGGUGCUUGGGGUUGUUUCGACGAAUUCAACAGACUGGACGAAGCCACCCUCUCUGCCAUAUCCACCUACAUCCAAUCCAUCCAGAUCGCUCUCAAGGGAAGCAGCUCCACCUUCAAACUGCUAGACCAAGAGGUCAAACUGAACAGGCACUGCGGUAUAUUCGUGACUUUGAAUCCUGCUGGAGGCGGUUACGGUGGUAGGAAUAAGCUUCCGGACAAUUUGAAGCAGUUAUUCAGGCCUGUGGUGAUGACCCAUCCUAACCAUGAGUUGAUUGCGAGGUCUCUUUUGUUUUGCGAGGGCUACCAAUCGGCCAAUGUCCUAGGGAAGAAGUUGAUUGAGGUGUUCUCCCUAGCCAGCAAACUUCUGAGCAAACAACAACACUAUGACUGGGGCCUUAGGGCUAUAAAAACCAUCUUGACAGGUUGCGGCAGGACCAGAAGAACUUUUCUCAAGAACUCGAAACACGCGACUAUUGACACCACUAUCGAAAUAAGCCUAGUAGUCAGCGUCCUGAGAGCAGACACCCUUUCCAAACUAACCUUUGGCGACAGUAAAAAGUUCGAGAACAUCAUCCAGCAAGUCUUCAGGGAGGUAGAGAUCCAGGAUAUCGUCGACGAGAAGCUGGUGAAGGCUCUGGAAGAGAGUUUCGUCGAACUGGGUCUGGUGGUCAAUAAAAGACAGCUAAACAAAUGUUUGGAGUUGUACGGCCAACUGAGCCAGAGGAUGGGAGUGGCCAUAGUCGGACCUCCUAGUUCUGGAAAGUCCACCAUAAGAAACCUGCUCAGAAAGGCACUUUUGAAAAUGGGUAAAAAUAUCAGUCAGAACGUCUUCAAUCCGAAAAGUGUGACUAAAAAUCAGUUGCUAGGUCAGAUCGAUGUCAACACGAGACAAUGGAACGAUGGUAUCCUAACCAAGUACAGUUUGCAGGUGGUUUCAGAGUCACAAGAUAUCUGGUCCUGGAUAGUAUGCGAUGGAGAUGUUGAUCCAGAAUGGGUAGAAUCACUUAAUUCAGUCCUGGAUGACAACAGGCUGCUAACGUUACCGUCAGGCUGGAGGAUCCAGUUUGGUCCAAACGUGAAUUUUUUCUUCGAAACCCACAAUUUAGAUCAAGCCUCGCCUGCUACCAUCUCGAGGAUUGGCAUCGUUCUUCUAAGCGGAGAAGAUCUGAAUGCAGAGGAGUACGUCAGGAAUUUCUUGGAGUCCCAACCUGAAGGUUUCAGGAGGGAGAUAGGACCUCUAGUUGAUGAACACUUUAUGAGAUGUGUUAAUUGGCUGGAGAAAAAAGGUGAAAUUACUGUUCCUUGUUCCAAACUUGCCAUAUUAAAGGUUGGUCUAUCUCAACUGCAAUACGUCAAGGUUAAGCAAGAAUUCAUUGUGGCUUUGGUGAAUGGUUUAGGCCAGUUGCUCCAGAACGAUUUCAGAGAACUGUUCGCACAACAGGUGUUCGACUGGUUUAAGGAAACACCCCCUCCCUUCAUCUUGAGAUGCAGAUACAACCAAGAAAGAGACAUGAUCGACGCUUACGUUACGAAUUCAUCUAUUAUCAUUGAGGACAACUCUCCCGUCUUACCUUUGGUAGAGACUGGACAAAUCUGUCAGUCUUUGGAUGUGCUAAGGAUAUGGAUGGAGCAAGAGGACAAUCAUGUGAUUUUGAUGGGUCCUCAUGGCUCUGCAAAAUCGAUGAUGAUAAAGAAGUUAACUGAGACAUUAGAUGCUGAUCUGAUACAAAUUCAUUGUGGCAUGAAAUUACAGCCAAGCCACGUCAUCAAUAAAAUAUCUGAGUACUGUUUAUCCGUGAACACCAACAAAGGAAAAGUGUUCAGGCCCAAGAAAGGCAGACUUUUCCUCCACUUCAAAAACAUGCAACAACUAAAGUCUGACAAGUGGGGUACAAACAUUCUAAUAGAAUUCUUACAUCAGUUGAUCACCUAUAAGGCUUUCUUCGAUGCAAAUUUGGAAUCGGUUACUUUGGAGAACACUACGAUAGUUGGAUCUUUAACAGGAACUGGAGCGUUGUCUUCAAGAUUCAUCUCUAUCGUUCACAUUUAUAACGUUGAUCCACCAGCACAAGAAGACUUGGCAGUUAUUAUUACCACAUAUCUUCAGACCAUCUUGAAGAGAACCUUUCAAAAUGAAAAUGCCUGGCCUAAAGUGAAAGUUUCGAAGUUGGCAAGCGUGGUUCAGACCAUUUACAACGAGAUACGCACGACAUUCACCAACGUACAUCAUAAGCACUACGAAUUUGGUCCCGAAGACCUGAAGAGAUGGUGCUGUGGCGUUUUGAGAUACCAAGUGGAUCAAAGCGAGGAUAGCGACGAGAUUUUCGUCGUUAAGGUAUUUUAUUAUGAGGCUAUCAAAUUGUUUGGAGAAAAAUUGGUAGGACAGAAAAGCCUAGGUAGGUUCAAGGAAAUAUUGAGCGCCAAUUUCCAGAAGGUCUAUGACAUCUCGAGUAUUUUGAAGAAUUUCCAAAAAUAUGUGUAUGUUCCGUUGACACACAGUUCAAAAUCGAAGUUUGAGAAAGAUCUUUCGAUGUUGCCCCUGAAUGAAUGGGCAGCAGUGAUCGAAAAGGGCAGAAUACAGUUUGAGCGAGAAGGUGGUCACAAUAUGGAUAUCAUCAUGACAGAAGACUUGCUCCUUCUCAUGAGCAGCGUAACCAAGGCCUUAACCACAGCUGGUGGUCAUGUGAUGUUAGUUGGACAGAGUGGCAUCGGUAGGAGAACAGCAGUUAAGAUAACUUCUGCUCUUUAUUCCGCCAAACUUGUAACACCAACAUCCGCUAUUACAAGAAAUCACAUGAGCAAUGAUCUCAAAUACGCUCUUCAGCAGGCUGGUGUUGAGGGAGAAGAAGUCUACUUGCUUCUGGAGGAUCAUGUGUUGAAAAGAGAGGAUAUUCUGAGUGAUAUUGACACUUUGAUAGCGUCUGGAGAGGUUCCAGGACUGUUCAAUCCUACCGAAUUAAACUCCAUGGUCUUGGCUUUAGGAGACGAGAAAUCCAGAGAAAACUUCGAAGGAAGUCUCACGCAAUUCUUCAUUCAGAGGGUUAGACGGCAUCUUCACGUCGUGGCUUGUGUAGAUCUAGAUAACGAGAACAUACAGGAUAUCUUCGACAACUGUCCUAGUUUGAUCCACAACAGUACAAUAAUUUGGAAGGAUCAGAUGAGUCAAGAAAGUCUAUUGAGUCUGCCUAAUUUGAUCAUAGACAGAUACAACUCGAGAGAAAAUAACGUGGAAAUCAAAUCGACCGAGCACUUCUCCAGUAUCUUCAACAUUCUCGAUGCUGCAAUAAAGAACCCGAGGAAAUACAUCCAUCUGAUACAGAUCUACAUCGAGCUCUACGCCAAGAACAUCUCAGUCAUCUCUUCCAAACGCGCCAAACUGAAGGCAGGGGUGGCCAAAUUGACAGAAGCAAAGCAGCUGGUGUCGGAAUUGAAACAGAAAGCUACGGUGCAAGAAGGAAGGCUGGCCGAGAAACAGAAGAAGGCGAACGCGGCCUUAGAUAUGAUAAGCAGCACUAUGCAGAACGCCAACGUGCAUAAGGAGAAGAUGGAGACCUUAAAGAUGAAAAGAGAGGAGGAGAAUCAGCAGCUGGUCAAAAGGAAGAAGGAAAUAGAGCAGGAACUUCUCGAGGUGGAACCCCUUAUCCAAGAAGCAAGAGCAGCAGUUGGGAAAAUUAAAACCGAAUCUCUUUCGGAGAUUCGUUCCCUCCGCGCCCCUCCAGAGAUAAUCAGGGACAUCCUGGAAGGCGUGCUGCGUCUUAUGGGCAUCCAGGACACGUCCUGGAACAGCAUGAAGAACUUUCUGUCCAAGAGGGGCGUCAAGGAGGACAUCAGGUCGUUCGAUGCUAGCAGAAUAAAUCCGGAGAACCGGCAGGCCGUGGAACGUCUGAUGGCGACCAGGAGCGACUCGUUUAAUCCAGUGUCGGCGAAGAGGGCUUCCGUGGCCGCGGUGCCUCUGGCUGCUUGGGUGUCGGCCAACGUUAAGUAUUCACACGUGGUGGAGAAGAUCAAGCCGUUGGAGAAGGAGCAGUACAAGUUGAAACAGAAUCUGAGCUCAGCCGAAGCUCAACUAGGAGAAUUGAACGCGGAUCUAUCCGACGUCGACGACACUGUGGCCAAGUUGAAGGCUCAACUGUCGGCUUACACCAAAGAGGCCGCAGAAAUCGAAAUCGACCUGAACAGAGCCAGAGAAACACUCUCAAAAGCUGAGACCAUGGUCGAUAAGUUGAACGAUGAGUUCCAAAGAUGGCAGGAACAGUUGGAAGAGCUUCUAGUCGAGAUACAAAAGCUCCCAGUUGGAUGUCUUUUAUCAUCGGCAGUCAUAACCUACCUCACUGCCAAAUCUGAAAACGAUAGAAGAGUAUUCUUGAGGAAAUUCAUGGAAGUUGUUGAAGAAGACAAAUACGAUUUCGAGGAGUUCAUGUCGACCAAACGAGAGCUUUUGCAAUGGCAAGGAGAAGGAUUGCCUAACGACAAACUCUCGAUACAGAACGCCAUCAUGAUGACAAAGACCAAUAUCAUACCGCUUCUGAUUGAUCCAACAUCUAACGCUACUAAUUGGGUGAAGAAACAUCUGAAACAAAGGCAGAUCGAGUGUGUAACUCAGGAUUCUGCGAACUUCGCCAGCGUCUUGGAAUUAUCUGUAAGAUUCGGAAAAGUUCUUUUCGUAGAAGAAAUCGACGAUAUUUCACCACUUCUGCUGAUUGUAUGUCGAAAACAUUUCAUACAUCAAGGAGAGAGACGUUUGAUUUCUCUGAACGGAAAACUGGUCGAUUACCACGUCGACUUCAAACUCAUCCUGAGCAGCAGAGACGAGCACCUAAAGGUUCCCUCCCACUGUGCCUCCUACAUCUCCCCGAUGAACUUCUCCCUCACCCACGCGGGAUUCACCGAACAGCUUAUCUCCUCCACCAUCAGGCAGGAGAACCCGAGCUUGGAGGAGCGCAAGAAGGAGCUGGUGCGGAAGACCGAAGAGCUUCAAGACCAACAGUACCAACUCCAAGAACGUCUUCUGGAGGACAUGGCCAACUCCAAAGGUGACAUCCUGCAGGACGCCAAGCUGAUAGAAGCCCUAAACGAGACCAAGGCUAGUUACUCUGCCGUCUCCAAGUCCAUAGAGGAGCAGAAGGAGAUCGAGGGUAAGCUGGAGGAGGAGUACAAUACCUACAGGGGGUUAUCAUCUUUUGGCAGCGCUUCUUUCUUCGCCGUCAACGAGUUCUCCAAGUACAACGUGCUGUAUACUUUGUCAUCUUCGGCGUAUUUGAGGAUCUUCCUAAAGACGGUGGCUUCUUUUCAGUCGAUGUUGGAGGAUUUGGAGAUGCGGAAGAGCCAUCUGAUUAACGCUACUUACUCGUUCGUGGCCAGGGGUGUGUUCAAGGAGGAUAGAAUCAAGUUCGGAUUGCAUUUGGUGCAGAAGAUGUUUCCUGAGAAGAUAUCGCAAGAUGAAUGGAAAAUCUUCUUGCAACACUCGGUACACGAAUCCAAGACCAAUCAGCCGACCCUUCCGCAAUGGAUACCACAGAAGCUCUCCUACAACUUGCAAAAUCUACAGAAUGGCAUGCCAGACUUAUUCAACGCCUUGAGGCUUAACGAACAAGACCUUUGGAAAGAGUACAUGGCAGCCGAAAAUUGCGAGCUUCGCUUUCCAAAUCAUUGCAAGUUGACUGAUUUCCAAAAAGUUCUUUUGGUACAAGCGCUCAGACCCGAUCGACUGUACUCUUCGAUUUCGAAUUUCCUGAGUCAUUUCACCGACACGUCGGUGUUUGAUUUUCAGCAGAUCUACAAAGAAUCGGUAUGUUCAGAGCCCAUCUUGGUAAUAACUACAUCUGGAAAUGACCCCAGCAAUGAGAUCGGAAACUUGGCAACAUCCCUGGGGAAGCAGGAAUAUAAAGAGAUAGCAAUGGGCGAAGGUCAAGAAAGCGAAGCUCUUACAUCCUUAAGAAGUGCGAUCAAAACUGGACAGUGGCUGAUACUCAAGAACCUCCACCUUGUAACAGGCUGGCUGCCAAUCCUCAGCCAGAACUUGCAAACCACCCAUCAUCAAGACUUCAGACUGUGGUUGAUCACUGAACCAAACGAUGGCUUCAACUCAGUGCUGGCUCAGAACAGCUUUAAGGUAGUCUACGAGGUUCCGAAAGGACUGAAGUAUAACAUCCAGAGAACCUAUCAGAACUGGGGUCCGGAAUACGUGGAGAAGCUGCCUACGAAUUCGGCCAAGAUAUUCUUCGUCAUGGUUCUUUUGCACGCCAUAUUGCAGGAGAGGAGGAUGUAUAUUCCUCAAGGUUGGUCCAAAUGGUACGAAUUUUCGGACAUAGACUUUUCCACCUGCGUGAAGUUGCUGGAGGACAUUUGGCAAUCCAACUCCCACCAGGUACCCUGGAAUAUCAUCAGGGGAAUAUGCAGUUCUGCCGUCUACGGAGGUCGCAUCGAAAACAUAGACGACUUUGCAAUUCUAGAAUCCUACCUCAGGCAAUAUUGCAACGAUGAGGUCCUGAGUCACAGAUGGAGACCCUUUGGAAUGAAGAUGUCUUUGCCAAGCUCUUCCAGCUUUGAUGAUUAUCUGAAGUUAAUUGGAGAAAUCCCAACCAAAAUAUCCCCGUCUCUCUACGGGCUACCUAAAAACAUUGACAGAUCCUGGCAGAUGCAGAAAUCCUCUGAGAUAAUAAGCGAUUCCAAAAAACUCUACAUUUCGAAGGCCAUCUCUACCAGGUUCGAGUUGGAGUCCUGGUGCAAAGGGCUGAAUCCGUUCCUGAACCUGUGGAAGAAACUGAACCAAGGCCACGAUUUCAUCAAGAUGCAAAUACCUGAGUCGAAUCAAGAGAUGGAGGAAUCUCCAAUCUCUGCAGUUUUGAAAGAGGAGUUUCGAUGUAUGAUCGAACUCAUUCGAACGAUCCACAAAUGUUUCGGUGCGCUGAAUCGAACCUGUAAGAAGGUGUCUCUGCCGAGUAAUGCGGUCCUGGAGAUCGGAGAUUCCCUUUUGAGCAACAAGACUCCAAAACAGUGGCAGCAUAUCUGGGAAGGGCCUAACGAACCAACUAAAUACCUGAGAAGUUUAUUUUCCAAAGUUGUCGACUUCUCCAGUUGGCAUAAGAAAGAUCUAGAUGUUCUCUUACGAGAACCAUUAACUCUAUCAUCUUUAUUACAUCCAGAAACGUUCCUGGCUUCUCAUAAACUAGAUUUUUCAAGCAAACAUAAUGUGGCCUUGGAUCAGUUGACUUUGGAAACUUCUUGGAGGCCUGGAACUGCAAACUGCUUGGUUUUGUCUGAUUUGCUGUUAGAGGGCGCUAUUUUCGAUGGAAGUGUUUUGCAAAGUGGACAUUCCGACUCUGACAACAUGAAUAAGGUUCCACUUUGUUAUAUCACAUGGAAAGAUGAGUCCCUUUCUGUCGAUCAAAGCAGUAGUAUUAUGGUUCCACUUUAUUCGAAUUCAUCGAGAAAAAGUAAGCUGGCAACACUGAGGGUGUUUUGCGAUGUCAAGGAAAAAGACAAGUGGGUUCAAAGUGGUGUCGCAUUCUUUUUGGAGAUUUAGUUAUUAGUUUUUUGUUAGUUGCUGAAAUAAUAAACAUCGUGUAGAUUU